CGUGUUCUUGCAUUGGGUACCGUUGUCUUGGCCACGUCCCUGAGCCACGUCGCGCUUUGCUCGCCAUUUUCCCAUCUUCUGAAGCCAGAAACAGUCUAUUUUAGUGUCACGGUGUCAUUCAACACCGUCAGAUCGCUAAUUAAUCGUUACCGCAGACAAACCGAGCUCUUUAUAGAGUCUUAAAUCGGGUUACCUCUGCUGGAGCUCCCACAAACAUGAACGUUUUCAGGCUAACCGGGGAUCUCUCCCACCUAGCAGCCAUCAUCAUCCUGCUGCUAAAAAUAUGGAAAACCAGGUCCUGUGCCGGCAUUUCUGGAAAGAGUCAGGUCCUGUUUGCCUUGGUGUUCACCACUCGCUACCUGGACCUGCUCACCGCCUUCAUCUCUUUCUACAACACCACCAUGAAGGUCAUCUACAUCGGGUGCGCGUACGCCACCGUGUACCUGAUCUACGCCAAGUUCAAGGCGACUUAUGACGGGAACCACGACACGUUCAGAGUGGAGUUCCUGGUCGUCCCCGUUGGCGGCCUGGCUUUCCUGGUUAACCACGACUUCUCUCCCCUGGAGAUUCUGUGGACAUUCUCCAUCUACUUGGAGUCGGUGGCCAUCCUGCCGCAGCUUUUCAUGAUCAGCAAGACGGGCGAGGCGGAGACCAUCACCACCCACUACCUGUUCUUCCUGGGACUCUACAGAGCCCUCUACCUCAUCAACUGGAUAUGGAGGUUCUACUUCGAGGGGUUCUUUGACAUGAUCGCCAUCGUCGCUGGGGUGGUACAGACCAUCCUCUACUGCGACUUCUUCUAUUUGUAUGUAACGAAAGUGCUGAAAGGAAAGAAGCUGAGUCUGCCGGCUUAAGUGCCACAGAGGAGCGCUUUGCGAGACUCAUAGAGGGGGAUCUGAGGGGAGGAGGAGAGGAGGAGAGGUAGUGGACACCUCUGACACCCGCCCACACACCCCCGCCCUCCACCACCACCUUCCUCCUCUUCCCCUCCCGCCAGUGUAAGAUGCCUGAGACAGAGAGCGAUCGGGAGCUGCUGGCUGAGCCUUCUUCUGAUCCAGAAUCAGCGGGAUCAGAACAAACUGCAGAGGCUGCUCCGUGGCCUUUCGGGUUUCUGUUUGAUGCAUCUUGCCUUAACUUUUUUUUAAUAAUCUGUAUAAAGGAAGAAAAAACAACAAAAAAACACGAUUUUUUUCUACAGAAAAAUGUGUACGCUGAAGAUUUGACACAUUGGUGAAAAAGAGCUGAAGAUGUAAAAUUGCCUUUGAUUUGGCGUUGUAUGAUAUUGAAGCGGACUUCUUGUGGUGGGAUAUUAUCGACUCGAGCGUUUGUAAUAGUAUUUGCAAUCGAAAUAAAUGUGCAUUGUUUUUUUUCCUGAAUCAAUUUGGGGAGGAAUUUGUCGAAUCCUCAUAAUUUUGGUGGUCAAAUUCUUCAUGUUUUGCUUUUCUAUUUUUGACCACUCUGCAUUUCCAUGUAUAAAGACUGUCUGUUUUAGUUUCCCGUGCACUUGGUAGAGCAGGAAUUCAAUGUAGAACAUUUAACUCUCUUUCCCACAGAGCCAUGUUUUCUUCUAAAGCCUUCAAAAUACACUGGUAUCAGUUGCUUUUUGUGUGAAUGGAAGUAAAGGGUUGGAAAUUGUAAAUGGCUUUCUUCAUUUCAACACCCCUUCUAUUACCCAGUGAGGAC